AGAGGCCUUUGAGUCCUUCCUGCGCUUAGCUGAAAACCACACAAGAUCUCUGUUUGAGGCAGCUUACAGACCUAUGGCAAAAGAAGCAGCAGAGCCUGUUAAAGAACUUUUUACAGACAUCUCCCUCUACAUCCUGGGUGCAGAGACUACAGUGGAAAAUGCAGUAUUACGUUUUUUUGACAGUCUUUUUCCUCUGGUGUAUAGUCGGCUAAUAAAUCCAGGAAUUACUGAUUUGUCAGAGGACUAUACAGAAUGUCUUCGGCUUACGAGGCAAGACAUAAAUCCCUUUGGACACUAUUCUAAAAACAUGGUUACAGAGCUGUCAAAAUCUCUUUGGGCAAGUAGGAUGCUCAACCAGGCCCUCAGUCUGGGCACUGAAGUGAUAAAUACUACUGAACACGCUGCCCUCACCAAGGAGUGCAGUAGAGCUCUAGUGAGGAUGCAGUACUGCCCACAUUGCCAGGGUCUGACACUAAUCAGACCUUGUGUUGGAUACUGUCUGAACGUGAUGAGGGGUUGCUUGGCCAGCGUGUCAGAACUGGAUAUGCAAUGGAGGGAGUAUAUCUCCACACUGGAAUAUCUGACUAAUGAAAUGGGUGCCUCGCAUGAUCUGGAAAUAGCACUGACGGGAAUCUGGAACUCCAUCAAUGAAGCCAUCCUGCACGCACAGUUAAAUGGACCACAGCUUUCUGCUACAGUUGAUAAAGUGUGUGGACAGCCCAAACAACAAGAAGGGAACCUGUCAUCGGGCCAAAUAGUGCCACUGAAGGAAGCAGCUGAAGCCCAUACGCUUGUGUUGGCUCAUGCUAGUCUGAAGAAUAAAAGAAGUUCUCUGCCUCUGAAAGCUUCAAAGAAUGACAAAUCAAGAAGUUUGAAAAAAAUCUCUCGAGAAUUCAUCAAUUAUAUGAAGCGAUCCCGAACCUUUUUUGCCUCUAUAGCAGAAAGGCUGUGUGAUGGAGACCUGGUGAUGAGAGACAGCUCAACCUGCUGGAAUGGAGAAGAUGUUGUAGAGAGUUAUACCAGCAGAGUUGUUUCCAGUGGACUGAAGGCUCAAAUUAAUAAUCCAGAACUGAAAGUCAGAGGACUAGACCCACUCAUCAGCAAUUUGAUUGAUAAGCUUCACAAGUUUAAUCAACUGGAUGCUGAGAAAGCAAAAUUGAAACUGGAAAGAUGGUCUUCCCAAGAUACUGGCAGUGGGGGAGGAAGAAGUGAAGAGUUGGAGACAAGUGGGGACUGUGAUGAUGAGGAUGGCUGCCAAGGAUCUGGUGACAGGAUUCACACAGCAGAGCUGAUGCAAGAAAAGAUGCAGGAUGAUUCUCAUCACAGGCCUCUGGGCCACAACAACGGAGUAGUAAAUCUCUGAAACUUGCCUUAGUGUCCAAAAAGUGUCAUUAUUUCACUUCAGUUGGACCUAUGCCUGCUGGUCUGUCAGCCCUGGAAAUCUUUAGAAAGAAGAAAAGAAAAAGGUGCAAAACCAAAGCUGUUGCGAACCACCUCUUCAGCAUGAUUAGGCUUCACACUUUUUCAGCAGUUUCUUGGGACAGAAGUGUGUCUCAUGAUUGUUGAGGGUAUUUUUCUAGUUGAUCUGUACAAGAGACUGAAGAUGCCAAUUGCACCCAAUUGGAAUCUGUCGCUACCUUCAGGUCAUUUAAACACUUUUUCCAUUGUGUGCACCACAGGAAUUACAUAGCUUCAAGGAGAUUUACAUGACUUCUUUCAUCAAGACUUGGCCAAUAAAAAAAAGAAAGCAUGCAGCCACCAGAAAAUUUUGCAAGCUUCUACUGAAUUUCUAUUAUCUCAGUCAUUCAAAGGAAAAAAAAAAAAAAAAAA